UUUAUUUUUAUUUUUUAUAAAAUAAAUCAAUAAAUCGGUCGGAUUCUUGGAGGGGUCUGUGUAAGGUAAUGGCAGUCCAAACCAAACAAAAGCAAUUUGAAGAAGCUACUCAGAAGCUGCUCCUCUUUGGUCUUCUUCUUCCUCUCUCUCUUUCAAGGGUUUCAACUUCUGGCUAUUGCUGCGCAGUUCUUAAUUCUCGACCAACUUGAGUCCCCAAUCAGUUCGUAAAGAAUUUUAGGGCUGGAGAGAGGGGCCGGUGGCUGAGUGGGAUUGAGCCGAAAAUGAUUUUUGGUGCCAGGGCUUCUCGAGUUCGUAGGGUCUUCAAUGGAAUUUGUGCUCUCGCGUUGUUUUUCUUAUUCUAUACCAAAGAUAGUUUCACCGGGAAUCCAUUUCUGGGUAACUCGUAUUCUGCUUUGUCUUCUCAUCGGAGUUUCAGAGGAGGUGGUUUACAUGAUCGGGGUGGCCGGUUUGAGGUUAUACGUAGGAGACUUUCCCAAGUUCACGGCGCUUCGCCGAAUUAUACUGUCGCCAGUAAUGCUUCAGAUACCAAUGAUUUAUUACUGAGUGAUCCUAAAUUGUGUACUGGCUUGUUAAAUCACGAGGGUUAUGAUAACCACUGCGAAUACUUGACUGCCCAUCCGGAAUGUACUUCUGGCGGUUUCUUCAAUUACAUUGCAUUCUUUUAUUGUGAUUGCGAAAAGGUUAGCUUUUUAGGAUAUGGUGUGUUGAUGAUUUGGAUGGCUGCUUUGUUCUACCUAUUGGGCAAUACUGCAGCGGACUAUUUUUGUUGUUCUUUAGAGAAGCUUUCCAGUCUGCUGAAGUUGCCGGCAACUGUGGCCGGAGUUUCUCUGCUUCCACUUGGGAAUGGAGCUCCUGACGUGUUUGCUAGCAUUGCUGCGUUCGUUGGAAAGGAUGCUGGAGAAGUAGGCCUUAAUAGUGUCUUGGGUGGUGCCGUUUUUGUUACUUGUAUAGUCGUGGGUACCAUAUCUCUUUGUGUGGCAGAGAAGGGUGUUCAAAUUGAUAAGAAAUGCUUCAUCAGAGACAUUUGUUUCUUUCUCUUUACUCUUUUGUCGCUUGCAAUCAUCUUGAUGGUUGGUAAAGUUUCUGUUGCGGGUGCAAUAGUUUUUAUUUCUAUUUAUGUGGUUUACGCAUUUGCUGUAGCUGCAAAUGAGCUUUUAAGGAAACAUGCUCGGAAAUUAAGAUUGGAUGCUGUAACACCAUUGCUUCCUGUCAGAGGAAGUAUAUUUUCCGAUGGAAGUGAAGAGGAUGACUCUGUAUACACUUCACUACUUGAAUCAGAUGCUGAAAGUGAUGUACCACAUCUCCCUAGUAAGUUACCUCAGUGGAUGUGGGCUUCAAAUGUGGCAAUAUAUUCAAAUCAGGCUAUUAGGGCUAAUCCAGAUAGUCCAAGGUCUUUAUGGGGUUGGAAUGAAGAGGAAGAAGUUGUAAAUGAGAAAAAGUUUUCUUGUUCCAAGUUAUUGUUGGUGCUGGCGAUGCCAUUGACAAUCCCCAGGCGAUUGACUAUUCCUGUUGUUGAGGAAGAGCGAUGGUCAAAAGGAUAUGCUGUUGCCAGUGCUUCAUUAGCACCCCUUCUUCUGGCUUUCUUAUGGAACACCCAAGAAAAUAUUGGAAACCUGAGUGGAGAAAUUGCAUAUGUCAUAGGUGCUGUUCUUGGUUGCAUAUUUGGUGUGCUUGCAUAUAUCCACACCAGAGCUGAUCAGCCUCCUCGCAGAUUUUUAUUUCCAUGGGUUUUUGGUGGAUUCUUUAUGAGCAUUGUCUGGUUCUACAUUGUUGCUAAUGAGCUUGUCGCUUUGCUGGUGGCCUUUGGUGUAAUUUUUGGAAUUAACCCUUCAAUCCUUGGAUUGACUGUCUUGGCAUGGGGAAACUCAAUGGGUGAUUUAAUGUCAAAUACCGCACUUGCAAUUAAUGGAGGAGAUGGUGUGCAGAUAGCAAUGUCAGGAUGCUAUGCUGGUCCUAUGUUUAACACUCUAGCUGGUUUAGGGAUCUCACUUUUGCUUGGAGCCUUGAACAAGAGACCUGGAUCAUACAUAGUUCCGAGAGAUAGCAGCUUGUUUUACACGAUGGGAUUUCUUAUGAUGGGGCUUAUUUGGUCUCUCGUUGUGCUUCCCAGGAAUAAUAUGCGCCCCAGCAAGAUGUUAGGAGUUGGUCUCAUAGUGAUCUAUGUGAUAUUUCUCUCCUUCAGGGUAAGUACAUCAAUGGACGUUGUGUCACUUGUUAAUCCAAAUUGAUUAAACUUCACGUGUUCACUAGAAAAGUGAUUGUUGAUAAUUUCUGAGUUUAGGCAACAGAUAUAGAAUAUGAAUAGAGAGGCUUGUGGAGGAAAUUGCCUUCUGUUGUAAAGCAUUUAGUUUGAAUAGAUUUGUCAACGUUAUAAAUUGCUAUGCAGCGACUCAUAUGGUAACUGCAUUUGAUGAUUGACAGCACGUCAUGUUAAUACAAAAUAUAAAAUUCAGAAUCGUUUUUCUUAA